GAAGUCGUCGUGUGAAUAACCAUUAUCGCAUCCGGCGAUCGGAGGAGGGGGACUCGAAUGUGCUAAGAAUAUGGCGGAUAAAAAGCCAGAUUCAGCUGGGAGUGACAGUAGCAGUGAGGACCCAGUAAUUGGUAACUUGAACAAAUUUGCUGUAGUACCACCAGGUUACACGGCAAGGCCAAGAAAGGGACAUCUUAUAUUUGAUGCAUGCUUCGAAUGUGGUAACCUUGGACGAGUAGAUUACAUAACUGACUAUGAAUAUGACUUGUUUAUCCGACCUGACACUUGUAACCCACGCUUCCGAGUCUGGUUCAAUUUUACUGUAGAAAAUGUCAAACAAGACCAGAGAGUUAUAUUUAACAUUGUAAAUUUUAGUAAGACGAAAAGUUUAUAUAGAGAUGGCAUGUCCCCAGUCGUUAAGUCAACAUCAAGACCUCGAUGGCAAAGAAUUCCAUCUAAGAACGUAUACUAUUACAAAUGUCCAGAACACAGGAAGAAUUAUGUGAUGUCAUUUGCAUUUUGCUUUGACCGAGACGAGGACACGUACCAGUUUUCAUAUUCUUUCCCAUACUCUUACACCCGUCUACAGACUUACUUAGGUGCGAUAGAAAAGAGACGGCUUGACUAUUUCCAGCGAGAACUUAUAUGCUUUAGUGUUCAACAAAGGCGAUUAGAUUUACUGACAAUUACCAAUCCAGAAAAUCUUGCAAAUGCAUCUCAGCACGUGGUCUUCAUUACCGCACGAGUACAUCCAGGGGAGUCCCCAGCAUCUUAUGUUUGUCAGGGCUUAAUUGAUUUCUUGUUGAGUCAGCAUCCAAUUGCUAAGGUCCUGAGGGAACAUGUGGUCUUCAAGAUUGUUCCAAUGUUGAACCCCGAUGGUGUCUAUUUAGGUAACUACAGAUGUUCUCUAAUGGGUUUUGAUUUGAAUCGCCACUGGCACGAGCCGUCACCAUGGGCUCACCCAACGCUGCAUGGCACUAAGAACCUUCUCAUGCAGAUGGACGCUGAUACUAUGAAUACAUCUUUCAAUCGUGAUGCUAUGAAGGCUGGGACAGGACGUCGAUUCUUAGGCGGCAUUCUCAACAAGAAUACCAUGUGUUAUACUCUAGAGGUGUCCUUCUUUUGUUACACUCUGAAUCAAGGCAGUUCUAUAUACCCAUAUGAUGAAGAUAGCUACAUGAAACUAGGAAGAAAUCUAGCCAAGACAUUCUUAGACUAUUACAAGCUCACGUUGCUUAUCACACCAAAGGCAACACUUGUAGGCCAGGUCCAAUCAAAAUCGAGCCGUCCUUCUAAGGGCCAUCGAGUUACCGAUGGGCGGGCGCAUUCCGAGAUGAGGAAUUAUCCAAAACCUGGAGUUGUGUACGAUCCCAGCAGCUUUGGAUCGCAAAGUCUAAAUGAUAUGACCCUUAACUAUCGCCUACAAAAUCGUGACUUUAAGAGGUAGCAUCGACUAUGUGGAAAAUGAACUAGCCUAAAGCAGGCUUUAAUGGGGUUAAUAGCAGGCUGAAAUUACUCUCUUGGUUUAUGUCAUGUAGACAUCUACAGGAUGCAAUCAGGCCUUUAAAAGGUUCAAGAUCCUUAGCAAGCUCUUUGUCAGAUAUAGCAGGCCCUUUUGGAGGUACAGUAGUUCUAACCUGGAUCCUAGAAGGCUUCUGAGCAGGCUGCUAGAUAUCUUUAUAGGCCCCAGCAAGCCUUUUUGGCAGGACCCUAGCAAUAGUCGCUGGCAUGUUACAAAUUAGCCUAGGGUACUUGCAUGCCAUGGCAAGAUCCAAGCUGGGAAGAUUUUUGCUUAAUGAAUGCCCUAGUGCAAUGUGAUUACAGUAGGAACCUUUCAAUAUUAAAAGACUUCAGUUCCUGUUAAAUAGGUGCUAUGUUGCAUUGGUAUUCAAGUCUAUUUUCAUAAAGAUAGCAAUACUUUAUCACAUUGUGUCUUUGUUUAUUAUUAGAUGUCUUUCUAAAUUUAUUAUUAUUGGUUGCACAAAAUGAGCAACACAUUCCAAGUAAGCAUACUAAAGGAAAUCACACAUUAUGGUUGCCAGAUACUGGUGCUCUAUAUGAUAUCAUGGAAUAAAAAGAAUCCAUCUUGUCAGCUACAAUUUUUUUACUUGUCCUAUUUGUGGUGGCUAUUUCAUAGAUUAAUUUUGUAAACUCAACUCUCCUGAAAAAGAUAGCAAGAUUGAUUUUAGUUAUUUUUAAUAUUAAUUUGCAAUAUAACUAUUGUGGAGUACUUAACUUUUAUAACCAAGUCUAUAGAUUGUAUUUUAUAUGCAAGUCAACUGCAGACAGCAAAAUCAGCUUAAUUAUAAAUGUGCGCCUCAGAAAGUUAUUUCAAACUUAUUUUGAAUAGUGACAACAACGAAAGUAGGGCAUUCCCAAUGGGUAGGCCAUUCCCAAUGGGUAAUCCAUUUGUGCUUUCAAAGUUUCUAUUACAUUACAGUAUGUGUAUCUUGAUCAACAGGUCAUAAUUAUUACAUAUUUCUAUUAUUGAAUAUCCUUAUUAAAACAAUUGUUUUGUCACAAAUAUAUUCCAUUAUUAAUAGCAUUAUUGAAACAAAAUUAAUUUUCUAAUCAAAAUUAUUGAGUAUUAUUUUCAUCAUAAUCAAAAUUAUGAAUGUUUACUUUAAUAUUGUUCAUCAUUAUUCUAAGUGCUGUGUGGAUUUGACCUUUAAAAUAUAUAGAAUCAAACUUGCCUGAUGGCGUUAGACUCUGUCUGACUACAAAUAUGUUUUGAAAUCUAGAGCACUGAGAAUGUGUUUGUGUCAGCAUCGAUUGUAAAAGACAAGUUCUUACUGUCUUUAAAUAUCAGUUACUAAUUAUGUUUGUAUUAUUAAUUCACUAUGAGCACUAGCUGCUUGCAUGGCAUUAUUUACCAAACGGUGUGCAGCACCUUGACCGUAUUAUUUGAUGAACUUAUGCAAUGAUUCAAUUUGAGCAUGCCAUUAUUUACUCUAAGCAGUUACUGUGCUGUAGUAUGGUAUUGAACCUAUAGUAAGCAGUGGAUGCUUUAGGUUAUAUAAUUAGGGGGAGCAAGCAGUCAAACAGGGGCUUACAAAUUCUGGCAGAGGCCAACAGGGCCCAGGUGCCUAGAAAUUCUUGUAAAUUUUGGCUAUUUCAAGCUGUUCUCUGAUGUUUUUGAAUGUAUCAUGCUUAAAGAUAUUAAAACAUUGGGUUUUUUAAAAUUUUUGGUUUGACAAAUUGUGGCAGAUGGGGCCUUGGCCUGUUCCACAGGGAUUAAUGGGCCCUUUCCCACUGGUGCUGGAAUUUACAGUACCUACCAUAUGUAAUGUAUCAUUUAUUAUACUGUGUAGGCAGCUACUGUACUACAUACUAAUUACAUACCCACAUGCUGGUGUGUGGAGUGUACAUUCUAUUGAAUUAAAAAAAGGAAAUUCACCUCAUAA